GCAACGCGUAACCUGCGCAAUAGAGUAUUAGAGUUUGUGCGUCAUCUCGUUCGUUAUAGAAAUCUGUAGCUUUCAUUACUUUGAGCAUCAGUCAGUGUUACUGUACUGUUACAGGACAGAAGCUGUCGUGAGUAGUGACGCAGACUAGAACCCGGAUUAUUUUGUUCCGGGAACGUUCAGUGAGUGGAUGUGCUUGCAGCCAAAAGUACGCCGGAGUGCUUAAACCCUUCCGUCACGACACAAGCAACCUCGACUUUUACAACAACAACAAAAUUAAUAAUAAACUGUAAUUUUACCUACUGCUGCAUUCUCUGAAACUUUGAGUUGUAUUAUCUCUUCUGAAGGACAUUUUUAAAUAUCAACAUGGCGGCAUUAAUAAUAGCUGGGAAGAAAGCAUACGAAGAAUGGGUACUAGGAAAAAUGGACCACAGAAGUGACGAGUUGUUUCUGAUGAGCUCUAUAUGGAGUCCAGUGGCCGUCAUAGGACUCUACUUGUACUUUGUGAAGUGUGUGGGCCCUCGUCACAUGAAGAAUAGGCCGGCCUACGAACUGAACGGAGUCAUGAAGGCUUACAACCUGACACAAAUCCUCUGCUCCGUAUACAUGCUGCUUUACAGUCUGAAGGCUGGCUGGGCCUUCAAAUACAAAUGGCUGUGCGAACCUGUGGAUUAUUCCUUCACGGCGUCCUCCAUUGACGUCGUAAGAUGCGUGUGGACAUACAUGAUGAUAAAACUCUUAGAUUUGGUGGACACGGUUUUCUUCGUCUUGAGGAAAAAGGCAGCUCACACAUCAUUCCUGCAUGUCUACCACCACGCGAUUGUCUUCUUUGGCGCGUGGUGCUGCACGAAGUACGUCCCGGGUGGACACGGAACGUUCAUUGGCCCGGUAAACGCCUUUGUUCACAUUGUGAUGUACACGUACUAUUUCGUCACAGCCACGUGGCCGGAGUACAGGAAGAGUUUGUGGUGGAAAAAGUACAUAACUCAGCUGCAACUGGCCCAGUUCUUGAUCGUCACUCUACACUCGUCCACGGUUCUGUUCAUGGACGACAGUUGCAAGUACCCUAAGCCGCUGGCAGCGUUCCUAGCGGUGCAGAAUGGAUUUAUGUUUAUCUUAUUCGCCGAAUUCUAUGUGAAAUCUUACAGAAGGAAAAUAAAAUAGAUUUAAACACCUAACAACUCUUUAAAAAUGUGUCAGACCUCAAACAAAUGCGAACGACGGUAAACUUCAUUCACAACAAAAUUAAGACAGACUGAAGUGGAGAGACGCAUUAAUAAUAAAUCAGCAAAAAAAAAAAAUUGCAUGUCUGUGCGUUUUCGUGGAAGGAGUUCAAUGCAUAACUUCGAGUUCUCACCCGAAAGUCGAAGUUACGCGAUCCUUACACAAAAAUACAUUAUUUAAAGAUAAAUAAAAAUGUAAAGCUCACCAUUACACACCUGGAUACACGAUGUGUAUAAGAAUUAUGUAAAUAAACGCGUAGCUUUAAUACAUUCAAUGAA